UAAGCCUUAACCUAAAACUAAAACUAAACUAAACAUUGAGUUGAUGGUGAGAUCCCCAAAACAACUGUAACGGAUCGUGGUUUUUCCACGCACAACUUGUUUGCUCUUUGGGAAACAUCUGGGGAAGUUAUGGAGACAACAGGCUGCAAUGACUCGGAAGGACUGACAUAUGUGUGUUUUUCAGGUGUUGGGAACCAAACCUACUCUGCCAGCAGCUACGACCGAUGAUACCCAAGCUGACGCCACCAACAGAAGGCUGGCUAAACUCUACAAGGUCUCCAACGGAGCAGGAAACAUGGCUGUUUCCUUGGUGGCUGAUGAAAAUCCCUUCUCCCAAGCCGCCCUGGUUUCCGACGAUUGCUUCAUUCUGGACCACGGCACAAAUGGCAAAAUUUUUGUCUGGAAAGGGAGAAAUGCCAACUCUGAAGAAAGGAAAGCCGCUCUUAAAACUGCUUCUGAAUUCAUUAGCAAGAUGAAUUAUCCAAGACAUACCCAGAUCCAAGUCCUCCCAGAGGGUGGGGAGACGCCUCUGUUCAAGCAAUUCUUCAAGAACUGGCGCGACAGAGACCAGACGGAGGGGCUGGGAGUGGCUUAUGUCUCUGGCAACGUGGCCAAAAUCAAGCAAAUACCUUUUGAUGCAGCCACACUGCACACCUCGCCAACCAUGGCAGCACAACACGGCAUGGAAGACGAUGGCACCGGAGAAAAACAGAUUUGGAGAAUAGAAGGUUCUGCUAAAGUUCCCGUAGACCCUGCAACCUACGGCCAGUUCUACGGCGGAGACAGUUACAUCAUCCUGUACAAUUACAGGCACGGGAACAAGCAAGGAAAGAUCAUUUACACUUGAUCAGCCCGGCUGCUAAAGAACUGAAUUCCAAUGACGCCUUUCUCUUGAAAACCCCAACUACUUCUUAUAUCUGGGUGGGCCAGGGAGCCAGCAACACCGAAAAAUCAGGAGCCCAGGAGCUGUUGAAGAUUUUGGGAGGGCAGGCAACUCAGGUUGCUGAAGGCCGAGAGCCAGAAAGUUUCUGGGAAGCUCUUGGCGGACAAGCUGCCUACCGCACGUCCCCACGCCUGAAGGAUAAGAAGAUGGACGCCCACCCUCCUCGCCUCUUUGCCUGCUCCAACAAGAGUGGACGUUUCACGAUUGAAGAAGUACCUGGGGAGUUGACUCAAGAUGACUUGGCAACAGAUGACGUCAUGCUUUUAGAUACCUGGGAUCAGGUCUUUGUCUGGGUUGGAAAAGAUGCCCAAGAAGAGGAGAAGACAGAAGCCCAAACAUCGGCACGGAGAUACAUUGAGACCGACCCGGCCAAUCGCGAUCGACGGACACCUAUCACCCUCAUCCGACAAGGAUUCGAACCGCCGACCUUCACCGGCUGGUUCCUGGGCUGGGAGGACGAUUAUUGGAACGUGGAUCCUUUAGAGAGGGCAUUGGCAGAGCUGGCUGUGUGAAGACAGAAAUCUCUCCUUUUUUUAAUCAGUUAGAAGGAGAAACGUGGGUGGCGUUCGAAGGCCUCCUUCCAUCUCCUAAAGGCACUUUUUUUCUUUUAAAAUAAAAAUUAAAAAAAUUAGCUCAAGAAGCUAAUCAGUAGCUGAGACCUGUCCACGAACUGUAUCGUUUUGACCUCCUUGUUGCUGCUUUGGAGAAAAUGGCCUUUAAUAAAGCUUGUAUAGAAUCAA